CCACGUUCCUCGACCCGGGUUGGCCAAGGUUUCGCCCUGUGCAUUUUCUCUGCAGCCAGCGAGCGCGCACCUUGGCGCCUAGCAUAAGGGAUGAGAGAGGCCUGACAGAGUGUUGAGGCUGCUGUCUGUCCCGCAGCGCGCUGCCUUAUCUCAAGAUUUCCCACAUCCAUCCCUGCCGCUCGAACGGGCUCAGGCAGGACCCGCCGUCUCCCUCCACCGCCUCCUGCUCCUUCAUUUUUCUGAAGCUCCAGCGGGCCCCGCGCAGCCGCCGCUCUGCAGGGGUUCGAGGGCGAGGAGGGGACGCGGAGGAGCGAGCCCUGUGAGAUCCCCGACCGCAGCCCCUACUUGAUGGGGGCUCGCGUUCCCCGAGCGACUGGAUGAGAACCUAUUCUCACGAAGACCUGCUCCUCCGGGAUGGAGAAAUACGAAAAAAUCGGCAAGAUUGGAGAGGGCUCCUACGGGGUGGUGUUCAAGUGCAGGAACAGGGACACGGGCCAGGUCGUGGCCAUCAAGAGGUUUCUGGAAACCGAAGAUGACCCUGUCAUAAGGAAGAUCGCCCUCCGGGAAAUCCGCAUGCUCAAGCAACUGAAGCAUCCCAACCUCGUUAAUCUCCUGGAGGUCUUCCGGAGGAAGCGGAGGCUUCACCUGGUGUUCGAGUAUUGUGACCACACCGUGCUUCAUGAGCUGGAUAGAUACCAGAGGGGGGUACCAGAACAUCUCAUGAAGAGCAUAGCGUGGCAGACGCUGCAGGCUGUAAAUUUCUGCCAUAAGCACAACUGCAUACAUCGAGAUGUGAAGCCAGAAAACAUUCUCAUCACAAAACACUCCGUCAUUAAGCUCUGUGACUUUGGGUUUGCGCGGCUUCUGACUGGACCAGGUGACUACUACACGGACUACGUGGCCACCAGGUGGUACCGCUCACCCGAGCUGCUCGUGGGGGACACGCAGUAUGGGCCCCCAGUAGACGUCUGGGCGAUCGGCUGCGUGUUUGCCGAGCUGCUGUCCGGGGAGCCUCUGUGGCCAGGGAAGUCUGACGUGGACCAGCUCUUUCUGAUAAGGAAAACCUUGGGGGAUCUCAUUCCCAGGCACCAGCAAGUAUUUAGCAUGAACCAAUACUUCAGUGGGGUGAAAAUUCCAGACCCUGAAGACAUGGAAACACUUGAGUUGAAAUUUCCAAACAUCUCCUACCCUGCGCUGGACUUCUUAAAGGGAUGCCUGCACAUGGACCCCACCGAGAGGCUGACGUGUGAACAGCUGUUGCAGCAUCCAUACUUUGACAGCAUGCGAGAAGCUGGGGAUUUGACAAGACAACAUGACAAACCGGCCAGGAAGACCCUGAGACCGAGUCGAAAGCACCUGACGGGGUUGCAGUACCUACCUCAGCUAACUAGCAGCAGCAUCCUUCCAGCUUUGGACAAUAAGAAGUACCCCUGCAGUACCAAGAAAUUUAACUACCAUUUUCCAAAUAUUUGAGGAGCUGGCCAAGUGAUGAAGAAUUGAUCAAUAAUUUGAAGAAAAAAAAAAAAGGUAUACUUUUGAUUCCUGUCUUGAACACCCAUCAGAAAAAAACCACAAACAGGAAGCUGGAGGCCACUUGCCAAGAUAUUAAGGGAAAUUCCAGAUCCAGGCUUCCAUGCUUGGUGGAGAUGUCUGGAGAAGAGAAAAAGCUUGGGGUUUCACUGUGAUUUUGUUUAUCUAAGCAGCAGCGCUUAUGAACAGAAAAUAAACUGUAUCUAAUUGCCCACAGCCACAGCAUUAGAUGGUAUCAGAAGGUUAUGCCACAUGCGGAAAGUAGAUCACAUGUCCAUUCACAGUUCUUCAGAUCUGUGUCGCCUUGAGUCCUAGCUCCUACACUGUUUUCAUAUCAUGUAUGAUUUUAGUCCCUGAAGGCAAAAUGUUGGUGAUUCUAUUUCCUGUUGGCUCUGUCUUGAUUUUGUGUAUUAAUAAUUUUUAAGAAUUAUCUAAGUUGAUCAAAAUAUCUAAAAUCGUAUGGAUUAUCUUAAAAUGUGGUAGUUUUUAUGCUUAUGUAACCAAUGAGAUAUACUUCUUCUUACAUAUACUUCUAUCUUUACUCUAAGAAAGGAUGCACCAGAAAAGAAUAGAACAAGACCCACAGGCCUCACAGAAUGGACCUGUCAGCCUGAAAAGAAUAAUUAUCACUUCAUUCUUCAGCUCUUUCUUAGACCUGAGGAUUGUUUCAGCAAAAUUUCUGUAAUGAGCUGGGGGUAUAGACACGGCAGCUUGCAGUAGCUUGAAUCAGGGAACAUGUCGGUGAACUGACAUUCUUUCCUUGAAGUAUCUCUCAUCACAGGUACAUGUCUGUGAGCACACACUCAUACUCUUGUACCCGUGUGUGUGUAUAUACUAUGCUAAUGAGUAUUGCACAUCUGGGAGUUCUUAGUUUAAACAGCGAGACUUAAAACUCAAAUUACCUUUGGUGUGGUCUAUUACUCGAAAGAGCAAAGCGCUUCUCCCUGUCCCUGCAGAGUGAGCCCCACGUCACGUUCUCACUGUCACGCUGCCGUCUCACAGGAGCUCCCAGACGUGGAUGUCAAGGCUCCGCUUUCCCGAGUCUCUGGGACAUUUCCUGCGCACUCCCAUUUCCUCCUGUCUUCCGUUCAUCACUUAGCCCCAUUCGCUUCCCCUAUGUAGCUCACUAAAUUCUAUCAUCUGUUCAAUUACCUUGGCUACUCCAAGGCAAAGUAAAGCUUCCUAAAUGAGUACAGCUUCUACCCCAGACCUGGGUUAAAUGACAGCUCCAGUAUUAUUCAGUUCCUCUUAAAUAAACAGCCAUGGCUUAAAUGACAAGGAAGGAUACAAACUUCUGCAAAUAGUUAAACUUGCCUCUCUUUUACCCCCUGAAAUCAAUAAAAAUGUAUUUGAUGGAA